CCAGACCCCCCCCCCCCCCCCCCCACCACUUGCCCGGCCAUGGCUGAGCUCCUGCUCCUCGACUCAAGUAUCCGCCUCUGGGUGGUUCUCCCCAUCGUCCUGAUGAGCGUCUCCCUCGGCCUGAUCCGCCAUUACCUCGGUCGCCUGCUGCGGGGGGAGAGGAGAGCGGAGCUGGAGCAGCUCUCGGACAGCCAGGUGCUGCAUCGCACUAAGCUCCUCCGAGAACAUGGCACGUACCUACCCCGGCAGUCAUUCAUGAUGAGAAAGCACUUCUUCAACGAUGCUGACUCUGGGUUCUUCAAGAGGACAAAAAGGAAAGCGGUAGCUCGGAACCCAAUAACAGACCCUCGGAUGCUGACUGACAUGAUGACGGGAAAUCUUACCAACGUGCUUCCGAUGAUCCUGAUUGGGGGCUGGAUCAACUGGGCCUUUUCGGGAUUUGUCACCACCAAGGUCCCGUUCCCGCUGACUCUGCGGUUCAAGCCAAUGCUGCAGAGAGGAAUCGAACUGGUCUCCCUGGACCCCUCCUGGGUCAGUUCCGCUUCGUGGUACUUCCUCAAUGUGUUUGGCCUGCGCAGCGUCUACUGCUUAAUCCUCGGCCAGGACCACGCCGCUGAUCCCUCCCGUGUUCUUCAGCAGCACAUGGCAGGCAGUGCCACGUCUGUGCCCCCAGAUACCAACAGAGCGUUCAAGGCCGAGUGGGAAGCUUUGGAGAUGGUCAAUCACCAGUGGGCCCUGGAAGCCGUGGAGGAUGAAUUGAUGGACAAAGAUUUGAACCUUGAAGAGUUCUACAGUUCAGACCACCCUCGCAACAUGUGAGCAUCAACCUGUGCUCGCUCCAGCUCCCUUACUAGCGUCUAUCUCUAAUUUAAAAUCAGAUGGAUCUUCAUUCAUGUGUAGGACUAAGUGCCAUCCAAUUCUAUGUUCGCAACCAUCGUUAAUGGAUGCUUGUCUGGUCCUCCUCUGACAAUCAAACCCACUAACAGCCUCAAAUAUAACCCCUCGAUCCCCCCCUCCCUGAUUAAACAUCUCUCUCUCUCUCAGUCUCGAAUAUAACCCCUCGAUCCCGCCUUCCUGAUUAAACGUCUCUCUCUCUCAGCCUCGAAUAUAACCCCUCGAUCCCGCCUUCCUGAUUAAACAUCUCUCUCUCUCUCAGCCUCGAAUAUAACCCCUCGAUUCCCCCCCUUCCUGAUUAAACAUCUCUCUCUCUCUCAGCCUCCAAUAUAACCCCUCGAUCCCCCCCCUUCCUGAUUAAACAUCUCUCUCUCUCAGCCUCGAAUAUAACCCCUCGAUCCCCCCCCUUCCUGAUUAAACAUCUCUCAGCCUCGAAUAUAACCCCUCGAUCCCCCCCCUUCCUGAUUAAACAUCUCUCUCUCAGCCUCGAAUAUAACCCCUCGAUCCCCCCCCUUCCUGAUUAAACAUCUCACUCUCUCAGCCUCGAAUAUAACCCCUCGAUCCCGCCUUCCUGAUUAAACGUCUCUCUCUCUCAGCCUCGAAUAUAACCCCUCGAUCCCCCCCUUCCUGAUUAAACAUCUCUCUCUCUCUCAGCCUCGAAUAUAAUCACUCGAUGCCCCCCUUCCCGAUUAAACGUCUCUCUCUCUCAGCCUCGAAUAUAACCCCUCGAUCCCCCCCCUUCCUGAUUGAACAUCUCUCUCUCUCUCAGCCUCAAAUAUAACCCCUCGAUCCCCCCCUUCCUGAUUAAACAUCUCUCUCUCCCUCAGCCUUGAAUAUAAUCACUCGAUCCCCCCCUUCCUGAUUAAACAUCUCUCUCUCUCAGCCUCGAAUAUAACCCCUCGACCCCCCCUCUCCUGUAUAAAAACCUCAGCCUCGAGUGACCCAGCCCCGACAGCCCUCUACAAUGUAGAAUUCCAGACUCACUCCCCUCAGAAGGAAGGAAUUCCUCUCCAUCUCUGUCUUCAGUGGGCGACCCCCUCCCUCUCCCACACAAGGUAUUUGUUGGGGGGGGGGGGGGGGGUGGAAAAACGAUCCCUCCACAUCUCCCCUGUCAGGACCGCCAAGAACCUCGUACUUUUCAAUCAGGUCACCUCUCGUUCUUUUGAAGCUCGGCACAGUUCUGGUCACCGCGCUCCCCAGAGGGACUUGGAGGCUUGGGAGAGGUUACAGAAACCCCUAACAUUCUGUCCACCGACCCUUCGCAUCACUGUCACCCCUCUCCCCGUAAAACCCUCCCUUUCCAGAAUUCCAACUGAAUCCACCGUUCAGUGAGUCCUUUCCCAAUUUUCCACCGUUGCCCUGGGGUUGCAGUGACAACAUCGAGCCAGCCUUUGUUGAAAGUACUCCUUUUUUUAAUAUAUAUAUUUCUCUCUCUCUAUAUAUAUAUAUAAUUUGUAUGUACAAGGCUGUUUUAACAGUAAAAAGAACUCCAUUAUUUGUAAAGCAACCAUUAACUUAACAAAGAGAAAUUGGGCUUUGA